AUGCUUGGAAGGCACACAUAUUGAUCGAAUAGAGGUCUUUCAAAUGCUCGAUAUUAACGUGUUUUAACUUGUGUAUCUCUGUCUGAGGAUGAUGACUAGAAAGCGUGUUGUUCAAAGCUAUGGCUUUGUCUUUUACUUUGUUGUGGUGCAGUCUGCACACGGAGACCUGAGCUAUUCUGUACAGGAGGAACUCAAGCGCGGAUCUGUUAUUGGAAAUAUCGCCAAGGAUCUCGGCCUGGAGGUGGCAAGGCUGUCUGCUCGCAAAGCUCGUGUUGACAUGGAAGGAAACGACAGACAGUAUUGCGGGAUUAACCUUCGAAACGGAGAUUUAAUUGUUGCGGAAAGAAUCGACAGAGAGGAGCAUUGUGGAGAAAAGCCUUCGUGUGUUCUUAAAUUCGACUUGCUAUUAGAAAACCCAUUGGAGUUACACCGGUUGUCCCUGCAGGUGCAGGACAUAAAUGACAAUGCACCAAUUUUCCCGAAGGAUAUUAUAAAGCUUGAAAUCAGAGAGUCAGCUGACAAAGGAGCUCGGUAUCGUAUUAAUGCAGCACACGAUGCUGAUAUAAACAAAAACUCCGUUGAAAGCUACAUUUUGCAACAAAACCCUCACUUUGUUUUCAGUAGUCAGACGACAAGUGCUGGUAGUAAAUAUGGUGAGUUGGUUUUAGACAAAGAGUUGGACCGAGAGGAGCAGCAGGAAAUUAAAUUAUUACUCACAGCUGUAGACGGUGGUUCUCCUCAGAGAUCCGGUACAGUAGUCAUACACAUCAUUGUACUUGAUGCUAAUGAUAACGCCCCAGUUUUUACUGAGGCCGUUUAUAAAGCCACAUUACAUGAAAACUCAGCUAUUAAUACUCUAGUUAUCACUGUAAGAGCAUCAGAUGCAGACGAAGGUGUCAACGGAGAGGUUACUUAUGAAUUCAGCCGACUGUCUGAUAAAUCACGAAAGAUGUUUUCACUAAAUGAGAAAACUGGAGAAAUCAUUGUGACAGGUAACAUUGACUAUGAAGAGGGAUCGAAGUAUGAAGUGAUUGUUCAGGCCAAAGAUGGUUAUGGAGUAUCUUCAGAAGCUAAAGUGAUUAUUGAUAUCACUGAUGUAAAUGACAAUGCCCCUAUGGUAUAUCUGAAAUCACUGACUAGCCCGAUACCCGAGAACGUGUCACCUGGUACUGAGGUGGGCAUCAUCAACGUGCAGGAUAGAGACUCUGAGACUAACAGACAGGUCCGCUGCUCCAUUCAGCAACACGUCCCCUUUAAGUUGGUUCCUUCUAUUAAAAACUAUUAUUCUCUGGUGACCACAGGAACACUGGACCGUGAACUAGAGUCUGAUUACAACAUUACAAUCACUGCCACUGACGAGGGCUCUCCACCUCUGUCCUCCUCUAAAACUGUCCAGUUGUCUGUAGCAGACAUUAAUGACAACCCACCUGUGUUUGAGGAACAGUCCUACAGCGCUUAUGUGACUGAAAAUAACAAACCUGGCUCCACUUUAUGUUCCGUUACUGCUCGAGACCCCGACUGGAGACAAAACGGUACCGUGGUUUAUUCUCUGUUACCUGGUGAGGUGAACGGCGCCCCGGUGUCCUCCUAUCUAUCUGUUAACGGAGACACGGGGGUGAUCCACGCUGUGAGGUCGUUUGAUUAUGAACAUUUCAGGAGUUUUAAAGUGCACGUGAUGGCCAGAGACAACGGUUCUCCUCCGCUCAGCAGCAACGUGACCGUCAGUGUGUUCGUAUCGGAUGUGAAUGACAACUCUCCUCAGAUACUGUACCCCGCCCCGGAGGGCAACUCCUUCAUGACCGAGCUGGUCCCCAAAGCUGCACACGGAGGCUCUCUGGUGUCCAAAGUGAUCGCGGUGGACGCGGACUCCGGACAGAACGCCUGGCUGUCCUAUCAUAUAGUCAAAUCCACUGAUCCGGGUCUUUUUACCAUUGGUCUCCACAGCGGAGAGAUCAGGACCCAGCGGGACAUUUCUCAGUCUGACAGCAUGAAACAGAACCUCAUUGUGUCAGUGAAGGAUAACGGACAGCCCUCUCUCUCUGCCACCUGCUCCAUGUAUUUACUUAUUUCUGAUAAUUUGGCUGAGGUGCCAGAACUGAAGGAUAUUUCUUAUGACGAGAAGAACUCCAAACUGACCUCUUAUCUGAUCAUCGCGCUGGUGUCCGUGUCCACCUUUUUUCUGACGUUCAUCAUCAUCAUCCUGGGUGUGAGGUUUUGUCGCAGGAGAAAGCCCAGACUGUUGUUUGAUGGAGCAGUUGCCAUCCCCAGCGCGUAUCUCCCUCCUAAUUACGCAGACGUUGACGGCACAGGAACUUUACGCAGCACCUACAAUUAUGACGCGUACCUGACAACAGGUUCUAGAACCAGUGACUUUAAGUUCGUGAGUUCUUACAAUGACAACACACUGCCUGCUGACCAGACUCUGAGGAAAAGUCCGACAGACUUCCUUGAAGCGUUUGUCGAUUCUGAUCAUUCUCCUGAGGUAAGAAUAUAA